AUUUGUCAGCAGAGUACGUAGCCGGUGUGGAGGAAUUCAUGACGUUUGCUAAUAGCCAGCCUAUAGUACAGAGUAACCGCGGUAAAUUUCACUGUCCUUGUAGUGUGUGCAAGAAUGAAAAACAUAUGGUCUCGGGUAGAAGAGUUAGUAGUCAUUUGUUUAGUCAAGGAUUUAUGCCAGAUUAUUAUGUUUGGUAUAGACAUGGGGAAGAACUCAAUAUGGAUAUAGGAACGAGUCACACUGAUAGGACAUAUCAAAGUGAGAAUCAUGAAGAGGUGGGUUAUGUUGUAGAAGAUCCUUAUGUGGAUAUGGUGAACGAUGCAUUUCGUUAUAACGUGGGGUUUGAUGAUAACUAUGAUCAGGAUACAGGUUAUCAGAAUGUCGAAGAACCAGUACGUAACCAUUCAAAUAAAUUUUACGACUUGUUAGAAGGUGCACAAAACCCAUUAUACGAUGGUUGUCGUGAAGGUCAAUCGCAGUUAUCGUUAGCUGCUCGACUCAUGCAUAAUAAGGCAGAGUAUAAUAUGAGUGAAAAGUUAGUGGAUUCGGUUUGCCAAAUGUUGACAGAUUUUUUACCAGAAGGAAACCAGGCAACCGGUUCGCAUUACCAGACCGAAAAAUUGAUGCGCAAUUUAGGUCUUCCAUAUCAUACAAUUGAUGUUUGUAUGAACAAUUGUAUGCUUUUCUGGAAAGAAACUGAAAAAGAAGAUCAAUGUCGGUUUUGUGGUGCACAAAGAUGGAAGCCUAAGGAUGAUCGUCGUAGAACCAAAGUACCAUAUAGUCGAAUGUGGUAUCUACCUAUUGGUGACCGAUUGAAGAGAAUGUAUCAGAGCCACAAGACAGCAGCGGCAAUGCGAUGGCAUUCCGAGCACCAAUCAAAGGAAGGAGAAAUGAAUCAUCCUUCAGAUGCGGCAGAGUGGAGAUAUUUCCAAGAGCAAAAUCCCGAGUUUGCGGAAGAACCCCGAAAUGUAUAUCUUGGCUUAUGUACAGAUGGGUUCAAUCCAUUUGGCAUGUCUCGUAAUCAUUCGUUGUGGCCUGUGAUCCUGACUCCAUAUAAUUUACCCCCAGGUAUGUGCAUGAAUACAGAGUACUUGUUUCUCACAAUUCUGAACUCUGGGCCAAAUCACCCGCGAGGUAGUCUCGAUGUCUUCCUCCAACCUCUUAUUGAGGAGCUAAAAGAGUUGUGGUCUACUGGAGUUGAUGCAUUUGAUGUGUCAUUGAAUCAAAAUUUUAAUCUAAAAGCAGUGCUGAUGUGGACGAUAAGCGAUUUUCCGGCGUAUAGCAUGUUAUCAGGAUGGACCACACACGGUAAACUGUCUUGUCCAAUUUGCAUGGAAAGUACAAAGUCAUUUUAUCUACCUAAUGGAAGGAAGACAUGUUGGUUUGAUUGUCACCGAAGAUUUCUUCCUCAUGGUCAUCCAUUACGGAAAAACAAAAAAGACUUCCUUAAAGGAAGAGACGCUUCUAAAGAGUAUCCACCUGAAUCUUUGACCGGUGAGCAAGUUUAUUAUGAGCGGUUGGAUGGCGUAAAUCCACCAAAAACCAAGGACGUUGGUGGCAACGGUCAUGAAAAAAAGAUGCCAGGCUAUGGGAAGGAACAUAACUGGCACAAGGAAAGCAUAUUAUGGGAGCUGCCUUACUGGAAAGAUCUCAAUCUGCGACACAAUAUUGAUGUGAUGCAUACAGAGAAGAAUUUUCUGGACAACAUCAUGAAUACUCUUAUGAGUGUGAAAGGUAAAUCAAAAGACAACAUCAUGUCAAGAUUGGAUAUUGAAAAAUUUUGUUCUCGGCCAGCCUUACAUAUUGAUAGUAAGGGUAAAGCUCCAUUCCCAGCAUAUAUAUUGACAGACCAAGCCAAAGCGAGUUUAUUGGAAUGUGUGAAACAUUCGGUUAAAUUCCCAGAUGGUUAUUCCUCAGAUUUGGCUACUUGUGUAGAUAUGGAGAAUGGUAAGUUUUCAGGCAUGAAGAGUCAUGAUUGCCAUGUUUUUAUGGAGCGACUACUUCCAUUUAUCUUUGCAGAACUCCUUGACCGGAACGUACACCUUGCGUUAUCAGGGAUUGGAGCAUUUUUCCGGGACUUAUGUUCGAGGACUUUACAGAAAAGUCGUGUUCAAAUUCUAAAACAGAAUAUUAUUUUAAUCUUAUGCAACUUGGAAAAGAUCUUUCCACCAUCAUUUUUCGAUGUGAUGGAGCACCUGCCUAUACAUCUCCCUUACGAAGCUGAAUUAGGCGGCCCGGUCCAAUAUAGAUGGAUGUAUCCUUUUGAGAGAUUUUUCAAAAAGUUGAAAGGAAAAGCAAAGAACAAAAGAUAUGCUGCAGGAUCAAUUGUUGAAUCAUAUAUCAAUGACGAGAUUGCUUAUUUUUCAGAGCACUACUUUGCAGAACAUAUACAAACAAAAUCAAGGUUAACAAGAUUCGAUGAAGGUGAAGUUCCUGUAUAUCAUGUUCCUGGGGUACCUAACAUAUUUACGCAAGUCGGCCGUCCAAGUGGAGAAAUGCGUGAAGUAUGGCUUUCAGAGAAAGACUACCAAAGCGCACAUGCAUAUGUUUUACGAAAUUGUGCCUAUUUUCAACCAAUUGAGAGGUAUAAAACAUAUCUUCCAAAAAUCACUCUUUAAUUUACAAUAUCCACUAUGAUUAUUCAUAUAUUUUUUGUGUU